AUGGGUCCGGAAUCCGAUAUUGAAAUGGGCACAGUAUCAGAUUCCGAGGUCGACCCCGCUCGCAAUAGAGGGAUGAAUUCAACAAGCUCGGAAGUUAGUAAUAAUUUCUCAGGGGAUGGUAGUAUUGGCGUUGGGCAGUUGAGUUCUGAUAUAGAGCUCUUUGAAAGCACAAACAGUGAAGACCUAGAACGAACUGAUGAGGAAAGACUGAGAUCAGGAAUGAUGCGGAGAGGGUUUGUCGCUGAACCACCUAUAUCAAAUGCCGAAGCUGUCAAUAGCUACGACAACGUUACAAAAUCUUCAGCGGAUGAUUCAUCAGAUGAUCUUUCAUCAAGUGACAGCGAUAAUAUGGAUAUAGAUCAUGAUCACGAGUCAGGGCAUCCGCCACCGAUAUCACCUGUUUAA